AUGCAUGUACCCAAAACGUACCUUCUUCAACAUUCGUUUGAUGAAAAUUCGGCUGCUGAUAAUGAAGGAAUGGACUGUACCCUGGACCCCAGUAAAGAGCUUGUCAACUUUGUGGAUCAAUCAGAAAAGCCCCAGGAUGUCUCCUCUGCUGCUUUUGCUGCUAUCGUCAUGUUUGAGCAUCGAGGCAAUUAUGCGAUAUUGGAUUCUCUCGGCGUGACAGAACUCGAACCGAUUGACUGCAGUACAGUUUCCAAUUAUCCAACAAUCACUUUCAAACUUUGGAGCAACGGAGUUGUGUAUGAAUUUGAGCUUGAAGGACAACAAUACAUCAUUGAGCAACCCGACGGGGGAUGCAUUGUUGCAUUCUCGAAGAUGCCAUCCGGAAACGAUGAACUUUGGAUUCUUGGCGAUGCCUUCAUGAGCAACUUCUAUACUAUAUUUGACUACGCAAAUGAGCGAGUUGGGUUUGCCAAUCCAGCUUGA